GGGAUUCAGUCAGUGACAAUCCCCCUUUCAUCUUGUCCUACGCGGCACGCGUCUCAUUUUGUGACAGUUGACUCCUGCUUCUGCCCGUUACGUUCUCUAUAAGCAAGAUGGAGAAGAAGUGUUCAGCAAUCAUCUUUCUCGUCCUGUUCCUGCUUUCGCUGGCUGCUGCGAAGCCUUCUUUCGGAUAUGGGAGCAGCAGCAGUAGCAGCAGUGGAGGGUUCGGUGGAUUUGGUGGGGGUUACGGUGGAUAUGGAGGAUAUCGGGGAGGAUAUGGUGGCUAUCGAAGACCCUACGGCGGAUAUCGAGGAGGGUACGGUGGCGGGUACGGUGGUUACGGUGGCGGUUUCGGAGGUGGCUAUUGGUGA